AUGACGAUGAUGUCCGACCUUUCACUUGAUUUAGUCGAAGAGAUAUUGUGUAGGGUUCCGAUAACUUCUCUUAAAGCAGUGAGAUCUAGUUGCAAACUAUGGAACGUUCUUUCCAAGAACCGGAUUUUAUGUAAAACAGAAGCUAGAAAUCAGUUUUUAGGGUUCACGAUAAUGAAUCAUAGGCUUUAUUCCAUGAGAUUCAAUCUCCAUGGAAUCGGCCUCAAUGAAAACAGUGAAGAGUUCAUUGAUCCAUCUAUAAAGCCAAUAGGUAAUUUACUUAAUCAAGUCGAGAUAUCUAAAGUGUUUUAUUGCGAAGGUUUAUUGUUAUGCGUCACAAGGAACCACUCAAGCAAGCUCGUAGUUUGGAACCCGUAUUUGGGAGAAAUUCGUUGGAUCAAAACUAGGAAUGAUUACCACAUAGGCGUUACAUAUGCUCUCGGGUACGACAACAACAAGAACCACAUGAUCUUGAGGUUUUUUUCUGAACAAGGCUACUACGAGAUUUACGACAUGAACUCUUCUGACUCAUGGGAUUGUUUUUAUGGCAUUCCCAACAAGGGGUUAAAAUGUUAUCAGCCCGGCGCGUCGUUAAAUGGAAAUGCUUAUUUUUUGACUGAGGGAAGAGAAGUAAUGGAAGGGUAUGAUUGCUUACUCGGUUUUGAUUUUACAACAAAGAAAUUUGGACCACUUCUUUCUUUGUCGUUUUCGCAUGAUUUUAUAGAGACUGGGAGACUAUCUUGUGUUAAAGGAGAGAAACUUGCGGUCUUAUAUCAGCGCUGCUAUACCUAUGAGAUGGAGGUAUGGGUGACAACUAAGAUAGAGCCGAAUGCGGUGUCAUGGAGCAAAUUCUUAGCAGUUGAAAUGGAACCACUCACUAGUCUAAAGUUUAACGAUGAUUCUGGCAGUUUCUUCAUUGACGAAGAGAAGAAAAUCGUCGUGGUUUUUGAUAUAGACGAAUCUGAACGCAACAAUACGGCUUACAUCAUUGGAGAUUAUGGAUGCUUGAAAGAAGUUGAUCUUGAUGAAGUUGUGAACCCACAAGAAUCUGUGGAGGUCGGAGACCGCAUUUAUUCUUUUUCACCAUUUGUGUGCUCUUGCUCUUAUGUUCCAAGUUUAGUGAAAUUUAAAGAAGAUGCAGAACAUGAAAGGAAAGAUAAGAAGAGGAAGAGUAAGAGGAAGCGAACCAACAAGGAUGGAUAUGAUUUUAUACUGUGUUUUGAUUUUACAACCGAGAGAUUUGGACAGAUUCUUCCUCUGCCGUUUAAACAUUCUUUUAGGGAUACUUGGACUCUAUCUUCUGUUAAAGAAGAGAAACUUGCAGUCGCAGUGUUAUACUGGAAAAAUACAUGUGUGAUGAUAGAGAUAUGGAUGACAAUUAAGAUUGAUCCUAAUGUCGAGUCGUGGAGCAAAUUCUUAAGAGUUGAUAGGAAACCAUGCAUUGAUCUUCGCUUUGAUGAUCGUAAUGACAGUUUUUUCAUUGACGAAGAGAAGAAAGUUGUCGUGUUUUUUAGUUCAGACAAAGUUAAAACCUCUACGGCUUACGUCAUUGGAGAUAAUAGAUAUUUGAGAACAGUGGAUCUUGAAAAAGCUGCAAACUCCCAAGAAUCUGUGGAGGUCGGAGAACGCGUGUAUUGUUUUUCGCCGCUUGUGUGCUCUUGCUCUUAUUAUGUUCCAAGUUUGGUGAAAAUCAACCACAAUGCAGGACGCAAAAGGAAAGAGAAGAAGACGAAGCGCAAAAGUAAAGACAAGCAGAUGAAACUAAGCAACAAGGUGUAA